AUGGAAUCCUCUAAUCCCAAAUCUUCCUUCAUCACCGCCGCAAUAUCCAAGCGGAUACGCCUUAACCUCUCACGCCAAAAAGAUCGAAUCAGUCCUCUCCCCGAUUCAAUUCUCCACCACAUCCUCUCCUUCCUCCCAAUCAAAGACGCCGCCGUCACAACGCUCCUCUCCAAGCGAUGGAAGCCUCUCUACCUCUCGCAAUUCCUCCUCCACUUCGACGACAAAACGUUCCCACACGCUUUAUCCUUUCGCCAUUUCUUCUACUCCUUCUUCUCUCAUCGUGAUACCUCUCUCCCAAUCCUUUCUCUCCACCUCAAAUGUCGCCACCGCCUCUAUCCCAAAACAGAUUUCCGCUAUUUCGUUUCUUCAGCGCUUAAACGACGAGUUCAAAACCUAACCAUCGAUCUCCGUCACUCGUUUUCCUCUCCCAUAACUGCGAAAUCCUUGUUGGUUCUUAAAUUGAGGAUGUUAACUUUCGAUAAAACUCCGUUAGUUUAUCUUCCCUCGCUCAAACUCCUUCACCUGGAAAAUGUAACGUUCCUAAAUCAUGAAUAUCUUUGCAAACUUCUAUUUGGAUGUCCGUUUCUUGAACAGCUGGAAGCAAAGGAUUUAAUAGUAAAUACACUUGAUCGCCGCUGCCGAGGAGUUGCAGGCUUAUCCAAUUUAAUCAAAGCUAACAUUUCUGAUAUACAUGUUGAUCUUAAUUGGCUUCAUAGCGUCAAACAUCUCCGUCUUCAAGUGGAUGAGCCCUCAAUAGUGGAUUGCAUGUUUCACAAUUUAACUCGCUUGGAGCUUUUAUUCGACUUUAUGUGGGAAAUGCGGAUGUUGAAAUGGACAUGGCUGAUAAAACUGCUUCAAAAUUUCCCCAAGCUUCAAACUCUUAUCAUUGAUGAUAUUUCCAAUGUUGACAUUUUGACAGAUUUUUGUGACGAAACUUGGGAGGAUCCAGAAAUUGUUCCACAAUGCUUUUUAUCUCAUCUCACAACAUGCUCACUUAGAAAUUACAGCCGUGUAAAUUGGGAGUUUCAAUUUGUAAAAUAUGUAAUGCAGAAUUCAAGAGUACUAAACACUAUGACAAUUCAAUGUGCAAAAUUCGUAGAUACAAGAACAAAGCACCAAAUGCUAAUGGAAUUAUCUUUAUGCACCAGAAAUUCAACCACAUGUAAACUUUUGUUUAUUUGA